CUGCACGAUAGAGAGGGAAAAAAAGAAAGAAAAAAAGGGAAAAGGGAGGGAAAAAAAUUGCGCGCACUCUCUCGUUUCCCAGCGUGCGCUCACUCGGAGCUCCAGUUCCACUCCAGUCCAGAUCUACGAGCUGCAGCUGAUGUUGUAGCUAUCAUUCUCUAUCUCUAUCCUUUUUUUCCCCCCUCUAUCUCUCUCGCUCUUUCUGACCUAACCACUGGAAGAACAUCUGCGCGCUUUCUCUGGUCUUCUCGGGAGAAUCAGGCUGCGUUGUAGCUUUAGACUCUUAAAGAUGCGCUUUGCAGUUUGAUCCACGGGGGGAUUUGUCGGUGCCCCGCUCGCAUCAGGCGCGCUUGCUGAAGCUCUGCGUCAUUCCUUCAUCUCCUUCAUAUCGAAGAGGAAAAACGCGUCGGAAGUUUUCCAGGAAUAUCCAAGAGGACAUUUUGUUCGGUUUUGGGAAUAAAAAAAAAACGCUGGAAAUUUGAAGCAGAUCUCAUUGGACACAUCUGAUUUUUUUUAACCGUUUAGUGUUUGGGGAAGUUUUGUACUUGGGGGGAAGAAAAAAAAGCACAAACACACACAAAAAAAGCAUGGGCUUGUGUGCUUAUGUAGUUGUGCCCUGGAGAUGCCUGGCAGUGCUGGCUCUGAGACUGCUCUUCCUUGUGCCUGCAGGAGUGCCAGCGCGCAGUGGAGAUUCUUAUUUAAAGGACAACAUCACGGUGAGACAGGGGGACAGCGCCGUCUUAAAAUGCAAUGUGGACAGCAAGGUAUCAAGGGUAGCCUGGCUGAACCGCACAACCAUUCUCUUCACGGGGAGUGAGAAAUGGUCUCUGGACCCGCGUGUGGUCCUGCUGAAUAACACAGCGGUGACCGAGUACAGUAUAAAGAUCCUGGACGUGAACUUGCAUGAUGAAGGGCCGUACGUAUGCUCCAUCCUCACAAACAAGAAACCCGAGUCCACCAAAGUUCAUCUCAUUGUCCAAGUUCCGGCAAGGAUUGUGAACAUCUCGACAGACAUAACGGUAAACGAGGGCAGUAACGUCAGUCUCAUGUGUCUGGCGAUUGGACGGCCUGAACCCAGCAUUAUAUGGAAAUAUCGUUCUGCUCGAGGUCGUAGAUUCGUCAGCGAGGGCGAGUAUGUUGAGAUGACUGCGAUCACCAAAGAACAGUCCGGAUCAUACGAGUGCAUCUCUUCGAAUGACAUCUCACCCGCGGAUGUCAGGACGGUACAAGUCACAGUAAACUAUCCCCCGGUCAUCUCACAAGCCCGCAGCACAGGGACUGCUGUUGGCCAGAGAGGAGUGCUGCAGUGUGAAGCGUCAGCUGUUCCUCUUGCUGACUUUCAGUGGUACAAAGAAGAACGGCGCCUUUUCAACGGACUCAACGGGGUCAAAAUCGAAAACAAAGGUAAACAGUCCAUGUUGAUAUUUUUCAACGUCUCUGAAGAGGACUAUGGAAACUACACGUGUGUGGCCAUGAACACGUUGGGAAUCACAAAUGCAAGCAUAAUCCUGUACGGGCCAGGAGCGAUACAUGAUGUGAACAGUGCUGCACUUUCUCCAUCCAGCUCCGUCUGCCCAUUGCUCACACUCAUUCUCUUUUAUCUCAAGUUUUGAUGCUAGAGACUGCAUCAAACAACUACUGCAUCAGCUCCUCUCGGCAUAACACAAAGACAGACUCAAAGUCCCUAAAUCGUUAGCAACAAACCAUUAUUAUUAUUAUUAUUAUUAUUAUUAUUAUUAUUAUUAUUAUUUGGUUUGACCUUUUUUGUUGUUGUUGUUUUUCCCUCCAGGGGUCGGGCUAGAAAAUAGAUUUGGACUAUGAGUCUGUCCCAUGAGAGCAUGAGACUGCAAAGGAUAGGGUUCUGUGAGUAGCUGGUGAAUAUAGUGGGCUAUCCAUUAUUAUAAUAAUAAUUUUUUUUUUCGUCAAAGAAAAGCAAAAAAGUCACUUGAUUGUUUAAAAAAAAAAAAUACAUGGAUGGUUUUGCUCGGUAUUGAAAUGUGUGAGUCGAGAUGUCUGUGCCAUGUCAGCUUUCCUUGUAAAAGAAUUAUGGAGUUCUUGCAAUGAAUUCUUCUUUUUAAAAUAAUUGACAAAAGUGCAAAAAAUCAUGUGAUAUUUGAUUUACCUGUACCUGUACAGAUGUAUACAGUGGAAUACUUACAGUUCAUUUGAAUAUGAGUGAGGUCAGUCUGUGCGUAAAAUAUAGCUCAUUUUUUUCUGGAAAAAAAAAAAAAAAAAAAAAUACAAAUACAGUCUGGUGUGUAUAAUAAUGUUCACCCGUCACUGAAAUGAUGUUCUGAUUUUGUAAAGAAGGACUGCUGCAUUACCACACACACAGACAGUAGGUCAGUAGGUUAGUCUCCUUACCUGGUCUUUUUAGAACCUUAUUUUAGACACUCUUUACAGUAUUAUGUACACAUGUAGGUUUAGGCAGUAGGCAGCACACUGGAUUUGCAACGUUCGAUGCAAGAUUCGUGCACAUUUAGAGUAACACACUUACAAAUGGUAUCUACAUGUGGAUACGAGGCCCUGAAAACCGCAUGUGUGAUCAGACGAAAACGUAGAAUUAUUCAUGUACUUUUCCUGAAGUUCCUGUAUAAUUUCAGAGUCUCCUGUUAAAUGGUGACCAUAAGGUUAUAAAUAGGGAUGCAUCGAUACCAUCUUUUUUUCCAUCACAGACAUUUGUGUUUUGGCACUCGUCAGCCCUGAUACACUGAUAAUGAAACCAAAAUGUGUAUCAUGCAUAUUCUUAAGCAAUUACGGACCUUACGGUAGAUUUUAUUUCGCUCAUGUUGCGUGCUGCCAUCUGCUGCUAGCUACGAACGCCUAUAGAUAUACAGUAGGUUUUAAAGAUUUUUCAUAUAGUUCUAAGGAUGCUGUAGUUCCGCCUUGAAGUCUGCUACGCUUUGAUUUUGCCAUUAAUCGUGAAACACGUCCUGUCAUUUAGUGUCGUCUGUAUACGCUCGGCUUCGUGCCUCGCGUAGUGGUAUCGAAUUGCAUCGAAUGUUGGUAUCAGGACAACGAGCUCCAAGCACACUACUGGACUGAGAAACAGUACCGGUAUUGGUAUGGAUGCACCCCUAGUUAUAACACAUACGGCUCAGAGGUGAGGCAAACUCUUCAUUAAUUAAAAAAAAAAACUGAUGUUUUAUUUCAUUGUUUGUUUACAAUCUGUUGAGGUAUCUUACCAGUGUUCUCUCUCAGGUUUUAAGGGAUGACUUUAAUUUUUGUGUGCCUGUGAAUGUCUAUGCUUAAAUCCUUAUGGCAAAGGAUAUUAAAAAUAAGGCCAACACCA